AUGGCGACCGUUCCCGCAAAAGUGGAAGUGAAAACCGAGGUCGCUGACAUCGGUGCCAUUGAAGAGGAACUCAUACGGAUAAUUCAAUCAACUAUCGAUGGCGUCGAUAUGGAUCAUCUCACAGCUUUAACAGCCACAUAUUCACCGGUUGACCGACAGAAUGCUGUUAACAAUCUACUAUCUUCUAAACGUGUUGUGAUAGCUCAAUCUCCAGGGGGAGGGUUGAGACUGAAGAUUAAUUUUAAUACCCAACUAAGUGGAGCAAGUGAUGAAGAACAAGUGAUUCACUCAUUGAUUGAAGAUUCCAAAACAAAAGGUAUUUGGAUUAGGGAAUUGAGAGAUGGUUCUGGCUUAUCCCAAAUUCAGCUUCGGAAGGUUUUGAAGUCUUUAGAAACGAAAAAGUUAAUUAAAACAGUGAAAGCUGUUGGAACGACGAAGAAAUGUUACAUGCUCUAUAGCUUAGAGCCCGAUACGUCUCUCACUGGAGGAACUUUUUAUUCGGAUCAUCAACUUGAUUCUGAGUUGAUUCACACUCUAGUUAGUGUCUGUACGGGAUAUAUCCAGGCUAAACGAAAACAUGCUAUGGAAAUGCAUCCUGAUGAUCUAGCGAUGCAAAAAGAGCUAAGCUAUAUAAAAACUCAAGAGGUUUCUGAUUUCAUCAUUGAGAAGAGACUGUUGAACGUAGCCAUUAGCUUAGACGACGUAAAUAGGAUUUUGGAUGUUGCCAUCCUUGAUGGAACAAUAGAACGACGAGCUGAUGGCAAAGUACGAGCAUCAUCAAAAACUAUUUUCUCAUCCGCAAUGGUUUCUGUGCCUUGUGGAAUUUGCCCUGUAGUUGAUGAUUGUAAGCCAGGACAUGUGAUUGCACCUGAGAAAUGUGGAUAUAUGUCAGAUUGGCUCUCAGGGAAAUAA